CUCCCCUCCGCGCUUCUCCUCUCUCCCGGCAGAAAGUUAGCAGCGGGGAAGGAACUCGGGUCUGCAACAACGCGCGGCGGCGGCGGCAGAGGCUGAGGCAGGAACCGCGGCGGAGCCGGGGAAGCGGGGGCGCUGCAGACGGAGCAGGUGCAGCCGGCGGGUCCGCGCUCCCCCCUCGGUCCCCUUGCCAGAGGCUGAGGGGGGGUAGUGGGGGGCCACCCGGACUCCGCGGGCAAAGCGGGGAGGGGGGCCAUGCGGCCGGGCUCCCUCCCGGCGCAGCGGGACAGCGGCCAGGGCCGGGGGCGCAGCGGCGUCGCUUCAUGCAGCCGGGGCGGCUGGGCAGCGGCGGUGGCGGCGGCGGCGGGGGCGGCGGCUGAAACCAUGUCCGGGCAGCGCCGGGGGCUGCCGCCGCCGCCGCCGCCGCGAGCCGGGAGCCGCGAUGGCCCGGUGGCCCGCACCUCCUCCGCCUCCGCCUCCGCCUCCACCUCUUGCCGCGCCGCCGCCGCCCGGCGCCUCUGCUAAGGGGCCGCCGGCGCGCAAGCUGCUUUUUAUGUGCACCUUGUCCCUGUCUGUCACCUACCUGUGCUAUAGCCUGCUGGGCGGCUCGGGCUCCCUGCAGUUUCCCCUGGCGCUGCAGGAGCCUUCGGGCGCCGCCGCCGAGCCCCCGCCAAGCCCGCCGACACCCUCUCUGCCGCCUCUCCCCGUGCGCCUCGGCGCCCCCUCGCAGCCGCCCGCGCCGCCGCCGCUGGACAACGCGAGCCGCCGGGAACCACCCGAGCCACCGGAGCCGCCAGCCGCCCCCGGGGCCGACGGCUGGGGGCUGGCGAGCGGCGGCGGAGGCGCCCGGGACGCCUGGCUCCGGACCCCGCUGGCCCCCAGCGAGAUGAUCACCGCGCAGAGCGCGCUGCUGGAGAGGGAAGCUCAGGAGUCCAGCACCACCGACGAGGAGCUCGCAGGCCGGAGACCGGCCAACGGGAGCAGCGAAAGGGGCGGCGCCGUCAGCACCCCCGAUUAUGGGGAGAAGAAGCUGCCACAGGCGCUGAUCAUCGGGGUCAAGAAAGGAGGGACCCGCGCGCUGCUGGAGGCAAUCAGAGUGCACCCGGACGUGAGGGCUGUGGGCGUAGAGCCGCACUUCUUCGACAGGAACUACGAGAAGGGGCUGGAGUGGUACAGGAAUGUGAUGCCCAAGACUGUGGAUGGGCAGAUAACCAUGGAGAAGACUCCAAGUUACUUUGUGACAAAUGAGGCUCCCAAGCGCAUCCACUCCAUGGCCAAGGACAUCAAACUGAUCGUGGUGGUAAGAAACCCUGUGACCAGGGCCAUCUCCGACUACACGCAGACACUGUCAAAGAAACCUGAGAUCCCCACCUUUGAAGUGCUGGCCUUCAAAAACCGGACCCUAGGGCUGAUCGAUGCCUCCUGGAGUGCCAUCCGGAUAGGGAUCUACGCUCUGCACCUGGAGAACUGGCUCCAAUAUUUCCCCCUCUCUCAGAUUCUCUUUGUCAGUGGCGAGCGACUCAUAGUGGACCCUGCUGGGGAAAUGGCCAAAGUCCAGGAUUUUCUAGGCCUCAAGCGUGUUGUGACUGAGAAACAUUUCUAUUUCAACAAAACCAAGGGGUUCCCUUGCCUCAAGAAGCCAGAAGACAGCAGUGCCCCAAGGUGCCUGGGCAAAAGCAAAGGUCGGACUCAUCCCCGCAUUGACCCUGAUGUCAUCCACAGACUGCGGAAAUUCUACAAACCCUUCAACAUGAUGUUUUACCAAAUGACUGGUCAGGACUUCCAGUGGGAACAGGAAGAGGGUGACAAAUGAGGCUAGAGAUGUGGAGGGAAGGCUAGUGAAUAGCUAUGGAGGCUCCUCAGUCCUGAUCUCCUUCCACACCCUGGAGCUGCAGCUUCACUUGCUGGGGUGCCAAGCAGGUCUCCUCCUUCAUCACACCAUGGUUGCCUCCAGAGCUGCUGGCUUAGGCAGAGGCGUUGAGAGCCAGACCUGCCUGGGCAGCAGUAUCUGGUUGAUGCCCUCAGAAGGCCAUCAGAAUCCACUAUUCAUUACCCUGUGCUAGUUAACAGAAUCUGAAGACAGGAUAAACAGCUGCCAAUGUCAGAGACAAUGCUAUGAAUGUUUACCAAGUGACCAAAAAGAAAGAAAGGUCUACUCUGUGGGGUUCUUACUCUAGUUUGGGGAGCCAUGGUUCUAAUCUUGUACCUGGCACAAGCACCUGCUAUCUAAACUCCGAGAAAGCACUUUGUGCUCCAGGACUCCUAGGGAGCGAGGUCUUCCUUCUCUGGUGUUUCUGGCCUUUUCUUCAAAGGCCUCAUCUCACAACCCUUGGACUUCCUCCUUUCCCACAUCAUGAAGGCAGAGGCAUGCACAUUCCUCACCAAAAAAGCUGACACCCCUGAGAGCCUUCUUUCUAAGAGUCCCUUUAAGGAGGGUUAGUGCUUUCUCUUCAUGAGUAGUCUGGAUUACACAGAAGCUUGUCCAUAUGCCCUUGCAUCAGGCUCAGGCCCACAGGGCUGUGCUCAGAGCAGUGUAGCAGAGUUCAGAACCCUAAAGUUGGCAAAGGUGAAUGCCUUAUCCAGGGAGUGAAAGAAGAAAUCCACUUCUCUUGGUGGGAGGUGUCCUUACCUGAACACCCUCUUCCCCAAGGACUAGGAUUCGGAGGCAUGCUUCAAGGGUGGGCUUUGUUCCCUACGGUCCCCAGAAGAGCAAAGACCAGAGCUAGCAUGCCUCUCACUAUGAAUAACCCUUAACAAUGCCAAGGAGAGUGGAGUAGUCACCACCCUUCUGUUUGCCCUACCCUGUUUGGUGGGGCAAACAGAAUGACCCUCAGGGUCAUCUCAUGCUUCAUUUUCUCUCUGCAGAAAUGGCAGAUACUGGGGAAAUAGAGGGAUAACUUGUCAGAUCCUGUUUAUGUGGAGCAGGAGAGAGCAAGGGCUGUCUGCAGAUACCCCAACCAAGGGCUGCCAAAUAAAGUGCCCCCUCCCAUUAGUUGGAUUCAAUUACAAUGUACCAUUUGACAUCAAGCACUUGUUCCCAGAUGUCUAAAACCAGGAAUUACUCUAGUCAAACUGGAAAUUUGUAUGAGUGGGGGGAGUUAAAAAUCUGUUCAGUUGUUAUUAAACUGUCAUUUCUCCUGCUGAAUGAAAACGGUGUUGUUAUAAAGCAUCAUGCAACCU